AUGUUACCCGCCGCUGCUCCAAAUGGGGAACCGAAGGCUCCUUUUCAUUUUGAAGGAGGUCAAAUCAGAGUAUUCCAAGAAAACCCAGUAAACGACCAUGGAGUACAAAACGCUCAGGAAAACGAAGAAGCUGGAGAUAAGCAUAUCGUUCAACAAUCAGCCAGAUUGAAUGCCUAUCUUAUCGACGCUGUCAAAGUUAUUCCAUACUUUGACAAAAACUAUUCGAAUGCAAAAAAAAUCAUGCCAACUAAAAAGAAGACCACUGACAAUAUCCCAAAUAGGUUUCAACAAAGUAUAAGAGACUUCAUUCCUACAACGAAUGAAAUUGUUCCCGUAGUUUUUGUGAAGACAAGAGCUGCGUACAGAGAAGAUGUAUCACAGAAGCCAUAUGUUGUUAUCCAGCAUGAUUCUAGCGCCAAGGAAUUGUUCACAAACUUGUUUAGGAAUACUGAGCACACCCUUAUCGAAACCGACCUCAACUACACUGGACUCUUUUGGAGAGACAAAUCGGUCACCAACCUCUUUGAUAUUGUCAACCAUCAAUACGUUCAGUUCAUUUUUCUCCCUUUCGUCUUGAAAAGAUGGCACUCUAGAAUUGAUUCUUCAGUUAUCGCUUCAGAAAGUCUCUACCGCAACGCUGUAUAUGAGCAGAAAUACUUCGAUGCAAUUAAGUCCAAGUUCCAAGAUAAACAACUGUUCGGUCAUCUUAAUUACAAAUGUAUGCGUGUCGGAGUUCGAGUUCAUUGCUUCUUGGGUGAAGUUUGCCCACAAUCAAAUAAAAUCAAAGAUGACAUUUGCUGGGUUCUCCAGUAUGAGUCUCUUCAAAAAAAUUAUUACUGGCAAGUAGUCAACCACAGUUCGGAUGAAAAUUGCGACAUAACUCUGGUGGUAACAAUCUCUCAAAGAUGUUUCAUGACUGGAAUUCAAAUCAGAAAACCACAACUCCGUAUUCCUGACUACAAACUGACCGACGGAAUUUCUUUGAUGUGGCCUUUUCUACAUGCUUGUGAAUACUUUCGAGUUCGGAAUGCAACAAAAAACGGACGAACUAUACAAAUCUGUCUUCUGGUUUUAAAGAACAAUAUUGCUGCAUUUGAGUUGGUCAGAAAAAGAAAGUCAAGGAAUGGCGGAACAAGUGUGAUUUAUUGGAAACCUUCAAACUUACCACAAGAUCGCGUCAAGUUGUUGUGGAACAGAGUUACAUUACCAGUGCUGAAUAAGACAAAGUUCGAAAAACUUCUAUUCGUUCAACAGUAUCUUCAUCGAAGCGAAACCAUCAAAAGCAUGUACCCGGCCGAUGUGACAGUUACUUCUGAUUGGGUUGUUUGA